UUCCUCCCCCAGGCUGGCGCCCAUGCGACUCUACACGCUCUCCAAGCGCCACUUUGUCCUCGUGUUUGUCGUCUUCUUCAUCUGUUUUGGCCUGACUGUCUUCGUCGGGAUCAGAGGACCCAAAGUGAUCCAGACUUCUGCAGCUAAUUUUUCACUAAAUAAUAGCAAAAAGCUAAAACCAAUUCAAAUACUUUCAAAUCCACUGUCUACAUAUAAUCAGCAACUGUGGCUGACGUGUGUCAUUGAGUUGGAUCAAUCAAAAGAAACUUCUAUUCAGACAAGCUUUCCCAUGACUGUUAAAGUCGAUGGUGUAGCUCAUGAUGGAACCACAAUGUACAUUCAUAACAAAGUUCACAAUCGGACAAGGACGCUCACAUGUGCAGGGAAAUGUGCGGAGAUGAUUGUGGCGCACCUCGGCUACUUGAACUACACUCAGUACACGGUGACUGUGGGACUGCAGCACCUGAAGCUGCCUGUCAAGGGACUGAACUUCACAUGGAAGACAUAUGACCCUGCGUUUUCCCAGUUGGAAAUUUGGUUCCGAUUCGUCUUUGUGGUGCUCACCUUCGUUGUCACCUGCCUGUUUGCACAUUCGCUCCGGAAGUUCUCCAUGCGAGACUGGGGCAUCGAACAGAGGUGGAUGUCUGUGCUGCUGCCGCUGCUGCUGCUUUACAAUGACCCAUUCUUCCCUCUCUCCUUCCUGGUGAACAGCUGGCUCCCCGGGAUGCUGGAUGACCUCUUUCAGUCUCUGUUCCUGUGUGCUCUGCUGCUCUUCUGGCUGUGUGUGUACCACGGGAUCCGCGUCCAGGGAGAAAGGAAGUGUUUAACCUUUUAUUUGCCUAAAUUCUUCAUUGUUGGACUGUUGUGGUUGGCUUCUGUCACGCUAGGAAUAUGGCAGACGGUUAAUGAAUUACAUGAUCCAAUGUACCAGUAUCGAGUUGACACCGGAAAUUUUCAGGGAAUGAAGAUCUUCUUCAUGGUGGUGGCAGCUGUGUACAUUUUGUACCUUUUGUUCUUGAUAGUGCGGGCGUGUUCUGAGCUCCGUCACAUGCCUUAUGUGGAUCUCAGGUUAAAAUUUUUGACUGCGUUGACUUUUGUGGUGCUUGUCAUUAGCAUUGUCAUCCUUUAUUUAAGGUUUGGAGCACAAGUAUUACAAGACAACUUUGUAGCUGAACUGUCAACUCAUUAUCAGAAUUCAGCCGAGUUCUUGUCUUUCUACGGCUUGUUGAACUUCUAUCUCUACACCUUGGCCUUUGUAUAUUCUCCAUCAAAGAAUGCUCUGUAUGAGUCCCAGCUGAAAGACAACCCCGCAUUUUCCAUGCUGAAUGAUUCUGAUGAUGACGUGAUUUAUGGGAGUGACUAUGAAGAAAUGCCUCUGCAGAACGGGCAAGCCAUUCGGGCCAAGUACAAGGAGGAGUCUGAUAGCGACUGAGCUCUCGGCAGGUGGUGAGCUGGAAGGGAGCCCGGACGUUUUCCUUCAGUGACCAUUUUCUAACCUUCCCAGUUCCUGCUUCUGUUCAGACUUUUCUUAUAAUCCCCUUAUUUGUUUACAUAUCUUUAAAGGGAAAACCAAAACUGAGGGCAAAUUUAAACAUUGGGCCAAAUUUACUGUCAGGGUGGCUACAUUGAUUUGGGAAGGGAGGCACUGAUAAAAAGUUGAAAUCCCCAAACGCUUUUUACAAAGAUUUCACACGAGCAAUAUUGCAUGUUUUCAGUGGUGAGGAGGAAGUCACCGCUGUUUUAGUCAAGUGAAUUAUGAACUUAAAAAAAAAAAUUCGCUAAUUCCAAGUUCAUGGGCAGCCCUGCGACUAGGCCCACAGCACAGCAGCAUGACUCUUCUUUCUUCCUACUUCCUUUCCCCAUGGAACUGGUUUAUUUACUCUUUUUGACCUUUUAAUCUCAAAGAGCAGUGUAUUCCUGUGCUGCUCAGAACAGUCCUUCCUCAUGACAUGGCCAGUGCCCUGGGUGGCUGAGUGUCAGGGUAAUCAGGGAUUUACAUUGAUUGCAUUUUGUGGAACAUCUAAGUGACAACUCAGCAGGGGAAUGGUGGAUGCCAGAUUCCAGCCCUUCACCGCCACCAAAGCACAGAGCAGUGUUGUGGAGUUCUGAGGGGGCUAGCUAAGUUAAGUAAGGAAAGUCUGAGAUAAAGUCAUGAGUUACCAGCUCCUGUGGAGGAAGCUUCUGUUGCUGUGACAUACAUAUGUGACUAUGAAUGGGUUUCCUUGAGCUUGGGGUGGGCAGGCAGGGAACCGCUGCCAUUCCGAGACAGCAGUCUGCAACUCUGUUGAAUAUGAGACCCCAUGAGCUUUUUUUUUUAAAUGAAGGCUAAAUGAAUGAUAUAGAUUCCUUACUGCCAAAAAUUUUUUAAUUUCACACUUAGAAACUAGAUGAAAAGAAAGUACAAUGGUUUAUGGAAAAACAUUUUAGGUAGGAGGAAACUUGCUUGGAAGUUGCUCCCUGUUCUCUGUGAAUCACACAACCGUCAGGUCAGUGAAUGAACUGCUCUGUGGCACUGCUGUAUGUGGUAUCGUUGAAGGCCCUGGAGAGUUCCCAGUUCCUUUUAGGCAAGGACUCAAUAUGAAGGCUGGGUUAGAUGUCUCCUUUGCUUUUCCCUUGAUGGGCACCGUAACAUCUCUAUUCACAUAUGGUAACUGGAGCCACCCUGACUCAUGCCGUCUUGGCAAAUGGAGGUCCGAAAGGGGACAGUCCACUCUGCAGGCAGCCCCUCAAUUUGUCUAUGCAUUGAUUCCCAGGUGACCUCUCAGAGGUGCCGGUUAUCAUCCACCUUAGGUAGGCUGGGACCUCAGAGGUGUUCAUGAGAGACUAUUUGUUAUGACUUCAGAUCUUUCUAAUUUAAACUUUAAUGAUAAUGUACUUUUAAUAUGGAUUCCAUUCACAUUUGUUUCAAAGACCUUGUAAAUAUGAAUGUUUGAGUGAAGACAACUAUUACUGCAAGGGUAAUUCAAGUUUACAUGAUUUUUACAUUUGCAAUCAUGUGAUGACUUUGAUUCUGUAUACUCAGAGAAACUAAAAACAGUUUCUGUUACAAAUUUUACAACUUCUAAUAAGACUACUAUAAAUAAUUUUAUGUAAAUUGAUGAAGACUUUACUUGUGCUUAUUAACAUAUUGAUAUCAUUUAAUCAUUAUAAAAUAAUUGUCCAUGAUUUGGAAUGCUGUUAUUUAUCAGUAAAUGUAAAAUACUCAAGGCAUUUAGUCAUACACACAUCAGAGCUUUUUAAAACGUCUUUGUCCUGUAGUGUAAUUAUAAGCUGAUGAGUAGUAUCUCCAUACAUUGAUUCUUCAUGGCAUCAAGGAAAUGAAAAAUAUGGAAUUAUUUACUUUUUGUAACUAAGUUGGCAACAAAAAAAUUACAAAGUACUUAAGGGAAAAUGGUUCUUUAUUAAGUCAUGCGUUUUUCAGUUUCUCUUCCCUAAUGUAUCAUAAAUAUCAACUUAUUGCCUAUUCCAUGUAAAAAUUUGCUUCAAGUAUAUAUAGCAUUUAGCCUUUCAAAUAUGUGCCAUGGAUGUUAGGUUAAAACACUAAAGUCUGCCAGAAAUGUUUGAUGGUAGCAAGAAAAUUGCUUUUCUUCAAGGGUAUUAAAGUUUUACAAACUUAAAUUAUAAAUUCAAAGGGCUGACUUCAGUUCUUUCAUGGUAAUGGUUUGAAUAACAUCAUCUUUGGGAAUUUUUUUAUACUGGUCCCUUCUAGGGGAACCUAGAAGGUGACCAGAGGUAUUUGUUUUCCUAGGAAGAGCUUAUCCGUGUGGAUAAUAGAUCCGCUUGAUUUAUUAUUAAAUCAUUACAGCAGUGAAGUGGUGCCAUUCUCUCUCUUAAGCCCCAUUUGAAAGGCCAGGGAAAGGGAUAUAGGAAAUAUACUCAAGGUUCCUAAGUUGCUACUGUACAUAAUUACAGAUUGCAAUACAAGCUUAGAUAUAGUAUGUAAAUCCAACUCACUAAAUGAGCAGGUUACAAGCCAAGUGUCACCAGCCUCAAGUAUUUUGUGAACAAUUCACUGAAGGUAGUUAUGUUAAAUAGGUUCCAAUGUGGUGACUUGUUCCUGAAUGCUUUUCACAGAAAAAAACACAGACUCUAUCAAAGGGAUAAUUAAAAGGGAUGUUUCUAGAACACUUAGUAAAAACUAGACUUAAAAUACUAAAGUGUAUUUGUAUAUUUUGAGGGUUAGAAACCAGUUGCCUUAGAAGUUAGACUUUUGAACAAAAAGAUACACAUUUUCCCCAGGCAAAAGGGAAAUUGUGUUUGUAACAUAUUGUAAUGCUGUUUAUCUUGAUUUGACAUUUGAUAUGUGCUGGUAACUAUAACACCAUACUAUGAAACAACAGGAAGAUUUUCUGCUAUUGAAAACUGCCUUUUUACAAAAAAGACUGUAAAUAUGUAUAAACUAAAACAAUACUAAACUUUAAGCUCAGAAGACAAGAUAGAGGUGUGUUCAGGUGUGGAACUGCCAGUGGAGCACAGAGUCACCCCACCACAGAACGGUCGCUGAAAUCAAUCAGGCAAAAGUGAAUACAUGUUUACUAAUGGCAGCUCAUGUUUUUGGAAUGGCUUCAUCCUGACAUACCUUUCUGGUAAAUGUUAAUAAAUUUGUAAUAUUCAAUUCUUA